AUGAUACUUUUUUUUGUUAUAUUUGUAACAUUUAUUUGGCAACGAACUCCAAAUGAAGUCAGUCUUCCAGCGCCACCACCAUCUACAAACUAUGAAAUCAAAUACAAUGAAUUUAAAAAACAUUACGACGAUGCCAUGGACAUGGAGCAACAAACCCCAUCAGCAAACUCAUCCCGCCUCCUUCCUCCUUAUCACAAUCUUGUCGAAGCUAUUAUGGUUGAGCCGAAGUAUAAUCUUGUCUCAUGCCAAAUCGAGAAGGUCAUGACAACAAUUCGAGAUGGGAUAUUUUGUUAUCUGACCAAUAACACGGAAUUUCUGGCGCACAAUCGAUCGAUAAGUACGGAAUACUGGACUUCAAGAUUUUGUGACAACACAUUUCUUCGUUUGGGCGUAGAAGAGGUUCUAGAGGAGUUUGGCCCCAAUCUAACACUGUUCACAGUAGUUCGACAUCCUAUCGAUCGAUUUCUUAGCGGUUACGUUGACAAAUGUAUCAACGAAAAAGGUUAUUUUCCAUCCGAAAAGCUCUGUUUUUCCUGUGGACACGAUUUACGAUGUUUCAUUGAGAAGCUGUACAAGAUUUUAUGGGAGUAUUAUAUGAAUAAUACAAAUGUACAUACUAUAAUAGGAAGAGAUAUUACUUACUAUCAUAUUCGACAUUUUGCUCCACAAACAUGGUAUUGUAAUUUUAAAAAAUUCAAAAAUGACUACAUUAUUGUCGAUUAUCAUACCGGUACGAACGGUACGGUGAGGAUUGCGGACGAGUUCGACAAGAUAUUCGAACAAGCACAUGUUCCCGAUGAUAUGCGAGCAGUUAUACAUAGCGAAAUGCUUAAAGGCACAACACGUCAUUCGACGUCUCAUUCCGAAAAGCGAAAAAGAAUCGAGGAACAGCUCCUUUCAAACGAAUACCUCAUGAGGCUACUAAUGCAAAUAUAUUAUUAUGAUUUUGUUGAGUUCGGUUUCAGAUAA